CGAGCUUGGCAAGUGCACCCCACGAAGCUGGAGCUACGCUGUCCCACGAGCAGACGAUUUCAGCACCUAUUUCAGCACAGGACAGAAUCCUGCACCGUCUCAUGGCAACAUGGCGAAUGAGUUCCAUAACCUUCAGGAGUUGAGGCAGAGUCCGUCUCUAGCCACCAAGGUGUUCAUCCAGAGAGACUACAGCGAAGGAACCGUCUGCCGAUUCCAGAUCAAGUUCCCCUCCGAGCUGGGCAGCAGGAUCGAGCGGUCUCUGUUUGAGGACACAGUAAAGACAUUGAACACCUACUAUGCGGAGGCAGAGAAGGUCGGAGGCCAGUCCUACAUGGAGGGAUGUCUGGCGUGCGCUACAGCCUACUUCAUCUUCCUCUGUAUGGAGACACGCUAUGAAAAGGUAUUGAAGAAGAUCUCAGGAUAUAUCCAGGAACAGAAUGAGAAGAUCUACGCUCCCAGAGGUCUUCUACUGACCGAUCCUGUUGAGAGAGGCAUGAGAGUCAUCGAGGUGAGUGUGUUUGAAGACCGCGGUUCCAGCGGCUCUAGCCCCAGCAGCAAUGUGUCGUCUGGAAUCAGCCAGCGGUGACUGGAGGAACAGCACCAGGGAUAUGGGUACCAACAACACCACCACCACCACCACAGAGGCAGCGGAUCCCUCACCAACAUCCGCAUGCUGAAACAUGAGAGCACACGCUUCUGAAUAUAGAUGUAUAUGUAAUCAAUAUACUAUCUCUAGUUAUGAGUAUAGAUGUGUAUGUAAUCAAAAUACCAUCUAUUGUUCUGAGUAUAGAUGUAUAUGUGAUACAGGAAAUAGAUAUUGAAUGUAUAUACUAUCUAUAGUUCUGAGUCAGGAAGGAGAGAGAGAAAGGCCAGGAUUUGUAGGCUACUCUCAACAGGAAACUGAAGUACCAUGAGGCCAGGAGCUGACACAUGCAAUGAUUUAAUGUUCAAGCAGGCACACACCAAGUCAAACACUCUAAACACACAUCUUUGAAUAUCUAACAGUAUGCUUACACUCAUAUUUCUGCACACUUUCCCAACCAUCUACUCCUUUACCCAUGACCAUUCUACUUUUUCACCAUUCCCUGUGUUUCCAUGAGUUUAAUUAUGAUCAUUAUGCCAUAUCCAAUACAUCACUGUCAUCAUCAGUUGUGUUCAACAUUCAAUCAUGAGCAGCAAGAAACAAUUGUUAUCACUAGGAUUGACUAUCUUGAAGCAACAUUAUAACUACAGCAGUAGUAUAACUAUCACGUUGAAUGCUGGCAAUUUACUGGUAAUCUUCUGGAAAAGACGCUACAUUUCAGGCAGUGCGAGAAUGAAGUCAGUGCAUUGUGAAUGUUGACAUGUCCUGCCCUGUUCUAUUUGGACCUACUGCUUCAGCUUUCAAUGUGUUUGUGAAGGACUGCUAGUUAUUAUUGGUAAUAUUACAUGUAUCUGUCUGGGACUUCAAACUGAAACACCUUGGAUUAUUUAUCAAUGCUCAUGCAGAGCAUUGGGUGCUGAUGAUCCACAUCGCAGCUGAAGGUUACACUCACACACGCAGCCGCAUGUGCAAAACACACAGACUCAUACACUCAGGUGCAUAUGCAAACAUACACUCACGCACACAGACAUGCACACACAGGCAAAUGCGCAAACACACACACACACACACACACACACACACACACACACACACACACACACACACACACACACCUGUGGCCACUGGCCUUGGGUUCCUGCAUACAAUAUCCUGGCAGCCACAUAUCCAUGUGGUCUCAGGUCACACAUACACACACAGACACACACACAGGCACAUACUGUGCAUUAGGAAAGUAUUCAGAACUUGACUUUUUCCACAUUUUGUUACGUUACCGCCUUAUUCUAAAAUAUAUAUUUUUUAAAUCCCUCAUCAAUCUACACACAAUACCACAUAAUGACAAAGCAAAAACUGUUUUUUAGAAAUAUUAGCAAAUGUAUUAAAAAUGAAAAACUGUAAUACCUUAUUGACAAAGUUAUUCAGACCCUUUGCUAUGAGACUCAAAAUUGAGCUUGGUGCAUCCUGUUUCCAUUGAUCAUCUUUGAGAUGUUUCUACAACUUUAUUGGAGUCCACCUGUGGAAAAUUCUAUUGAUUGGACAUGAUUUGGAAAGGCACACACCUGUCUAUAUAAGGUCCCACAGUUGACAGUGUAUGUCAGAGCAAAAACCAAGCCAUGAGGUUGAAGGAAUUGUUCAUAGAGCUCCGAGACAGGAUUGUGUCGAGGCACAGAUCUGCAGAAGGGUACCAAAAAAUAUCUGCAGCAUUGAAGGUCCCCAAGAACACAGUGGCCUCCAUCAUUCUUAAAUGGAAGACGUUUGAAACCACCAAGACUCUUCCCAGAGCUGGCUACCCUGCCAAACUGAGCAAUCGGGUGAGAAGGGCGGUGACCAAGAACUCUAUGGUCACUCUGACAGAACUCCAGAUUCCUCUAUGGAGAUGGGAGAAUCUUCCAGAAGGACAACCAUCGCUGCAGCACUCCACCCACUCCUCAGUAAAAGGCACAUGACAGCCCGCUUGGAAUUUGGCAAAAUGUACCUAAAGACUUUCGGACAUUGAGAAACAAGAUUAUCUGGUCUGAUGAAACCAAGACUGAACCCUUUGGCCUGAAUGCCAAGCGUCACAUCUGGAGGAAACCUGGCACCAUCCUUACGGUGAAGCAUGGUGGUGGCAGAAUCAUGCUGUUGGGAUGUUUUUCAGUGGCAGGAAAUGAGAGACUUGUCAGGAGCAAGGGCAUGAUGAACGGAGCAAAGAACACAGAGAUCGUUGACCUCAGACUGGGGGCGAAGGUUCACCUUUCAACAUGACAACGACCCUAAGCAGCCAAGACAACGCAGCACGGGCUUCAGGGCAAGUCUCUGAAAAUCCUUGAGUGGCCCAGUCAGAGCCCGGACUUGAACCCAUUUGAACAUCUCUGAAGAGAACUGAAAAUAGCUGUGCAGCGACGCUCCCCAUCCAACCUGACAGAGCUUGGGAGGCUCUGCAGAGAAGAAUGGGACAAACUCCCCAAAGCUUGUAAACUCCCCUAGCGUCAUACCUAAGAAGACUCCAGGCUGUAAUCGCUGCCAAAGAUGCUUCAACAAAGUUCUGAAUAAAGGGGCUGAAUAGUUAUGUAAAUGUGAUAUUUCAGAAUUAUUUUUUAUAUACUUUUGAAAAAAUGUAUAAAACCCUGCUUUUUUUGCUUUGCCAUUAUUGGGUUUGUGUGUAGAUUGAUGAGGGAAAAAACUAUUUAAUCCAUUUUAGAAUGAGGCUGAAAAAGUAUACUUUCCGAAUGCAUUGUACUCUCUCUUUCUCUCUCUCUUGCUCUCUCUCCUUCUCCCCUCCCUCCCUCUCUCCCACACACUCAGCCAAGCAGUGUUCUCUGUGGUCUCAGCUCAUUGGAAUCACAAGCAAACCUCCAUCCCUUUAAUAUAGCCAUGCUAGUCCCUGCCCUGGCCUGUAGCACUGCUAAACUGCCUGGCUAAUUGCAGAUUAUUCGUCGCUCCAAACGAGGCCUGUAUGAAGCUUAUUUAGACAGAUGUGGUUCACAGUGGAUUGACUCAGUGUAGUUUUAACACUAUAGCUGGAUAACGACUGCUCUCUGGUUCUCUGGUCUCUCCGUAUAUGAAUGGGUGCUAAUAAUGAUGGCCCCUGGUGUGUAUGUUGGAUUAUUCUCCCCGCGCACGCACUCUCACAUACACUCAUACAUGCGCACACACACUUUCUCUCAAACACAGACACACACACACACACAAAGAGGGAUAAUUGAGCCUUUCUCACAAUGGACAUAACUGACUGCCUCUCUAUGGGAGAGAGAGAGAGAUCAGUUGAAUAGGAGUAAAGUGGAGACUGAUUACAUUUCUCUAUGCCAGCUGGGUCUGACUGGGUUUUCCUCUGUGGACUCUUGGCUAUCACAGUCAACCAUAGAGAUGGAUAAAAUAACAUAAAGCAAUAUUGCCAUGGGUAUAACUUCUGUGUUAUCAAACCUCACAAUGGGACUUCAAAGCAAGUGGCUGAGUCCAUUGACCCUGCACAUAAUGUAGUUGCUCUCUCUCUCUCUUCUCUCACUCUCUCGUUAUCUCUCUCUAUCAAACACACACAUACUCACACACAUUGCAAUUUUGAAUCUCUGGAACACUGCUGACAGGAAUAGUAUUAAAAAUCAUGUCUCCGAAAGAAGUCUCCAUGGAAACACAGGAAACACACCCAUUUCACUAUUAUUUUUCAUUUUCCCUUUUUAUGUGACGCACAGUUAUAUCACCCUCUAGUGUGUGGACUGAGGAAGUGCUACCACCAACUUACCCUAAGACACAGAUCUAAGGUCAGUUUUGUGAUUUACUACUGAUGGUCACGGUUAGGAUCUAGGGAGAAUAAUCUGAUUCUAGUGCUGUGCCUAAGAGCAACCUCUAGCCAAAUCCCCCAACAAUCAGACAUGCUUCUUAAUCUGCACUUUCAUCAGAUCACCCACCAAGAAACCCUCUAAAUCUGUACUCAUAUCAGUUUGGCCAUGCUUGUUGUGCAGCCUCCUUUGCUUCGAUACCUUCUAAAUCUCUCUGACCAGCCUCCUAUGCUUUUAAUGCUUUCAUGUUUCAUCCCUCUGAAUUGGUUACCCAACCUGGGGCUGACUGACCAACACAUAGACUAACACUGCCAACGAGCCAUCCGGUGGGCUUUAUGGACAUGUAUAUGAACCAAUCAGUGGACAUCUAAAUAACCUUUGACCUUUUGUAUGUGUAGACUCUAUUGUCACUAUCUGGCCAUGCUAGAAAAAGGCAAAGAUAUAUGGUGCUUUACCACUAAUCAACAACAUUUGCCCAUUCAUUUGAAUGAUGUUGCCAUUUUAUUUCUACCAUGGCCAUUUACUAUCUACUCUGUAAAAGUGCCGUCAUCGAGUCGAGUGACCAAGUCUUGUUUUUGUGUAAAUCUUUGAUGAUGAUGAUGAUGAUGAGAAGGAUACUCAGGGGAGGAGGAGUGGAAGGUGCCAAAUAUAUAAAAGAGAAGAUAUGCAUACAUACUGUAUUGACUGACAGCAUGUUAUAUUUUGUGUAGCAUUUUUAUUCAGCCAGCAAUGGGAAUGUAGCAUACUGAGAGACGUAAAGACGUAAAACUGUAUAUAUUAAGAGAAGAGGAUGUACUCAUGCUGAACGUUUCUGUACUGUGGAGAUGGAAGGGAAGACAGAAAACUAACCAAGGGCUUUCUAUUCAAUCCGUAUUGCGUUCAGCGUUAAAGCGUGAUUGAAAUUUAAAGCCAGUGUUCUCGUGUCAGCAGAGCCUGCAUAAACGCUGCAUAUGUUGGCACAAUCUGAAAUGACCUUGACAUUUCGAUCACGCAACCUGUAACACUCGGUGAUACAUAUUGAAUAGAGCCCCAACAGUUGUUAUGUCAUUGGCUUGGAACCCGUCACAAAUGUGGUGAUGGCCAAGUUAAGAUGUAUUGUAGAUGUUAAAAUGUCAUAUACAAGUACCAGUCAAAAUCUUGGACACACCGACUCAUUCCAGGGUUUUUCUUUAUUUUUAUUAUUUUCUACACAGUAGAAUAA